AUGGAUGUCGCUGAGAGCACUGAGCCGAUUGCCACAACCGUCGUGGAGCUGGCAGGAACCAACCGUGACCUAGACAUCUCCAUUGACCCACUUGGUGAUGAUGGUCGAUCUAGCAGUCUGAGUGAAAUAGACGACGUAUCUGAUAAUGAACCAUUGGACGAUGAGCCGCCGCUACCGCAACCUACUACCGCAGAGGAGGCAGAUUCUGAAGCGGAAACUGAACGCUUAGAGGAUUCUCCCAGCAAUCAUCGUAUUUCACGAAACAUCAAAUUGAGUGGAGGAAGCCGUUUCGAAAGCAGUCCUAGCAAACUUGCGCAAUCCACAACGUAUGAUGAAAUGGACGACAACGACGACGACCAGCACGAACUAAACGAAACUCCGACCAAAGCGCGCCGCGUAUCCAAAAACAAUGGUGUAUCAGAAGAUGUGGCAACAAUAAUCCCCCACGAAGCGGAAAACCCUCACUCGCCUCCAGAUAUAGCAGGAAAGAAACGCAAACGUCUACAAGCAGGCGAAGAUUUUGAAGCAGAUGUCGGUGACGAUGAACCGUUGCGAAAACGCCGUGGCUCCCUCAAGGGUGAAGAGUUUGGUGAAGAGGUGGCUGCCGACACUUCGGCAAUCCGAGAGGAAACUGAAGAGGCUACUAAGCCUGAAACUGAAGCCUCUCGCAAGGGAACCCCGGCAGAUGACGCACAAGAUUCUGCUGUUCCCAUCAUUUCGAGCCGAGGGAAGAGAGGUAAAAAGACCAAACGAAAAGGGCGCAAGGCUAGAGAUGUAGAGGACGAAUUGGAGAAUGGAGACGUCGCGGUGGAAAGUACAGAGGACCCGUUACCAGAGGACGACGAAGCCGGUGACGCCGCCGAGGACGUUAACGACGCUGACGCUGCUGCAAAGUCUGAAGAAGAGUUUUCAUGCACAGUAGCUCGAAAGAUUGCCGCAAUCGAUGCUCUGGCGGUUCUGGAAAAAGAAUUUGCAACGCUGCGCGAUAAAAUAUACGACGAGAAAAUUGCGAAGAUUGAUCGCGAAUUGGAACAACUUACCAGUCCCGAGCCAACGCACCCCGAGCUACUACGGCAACUCGAAUGUCUGCAGCGUCACCGCGACAAAAAAGUACAUUAUGAGCACACACUUUUCCAAUACCGUCUGCAAUCUCUGAUGAGUCGAAGUCUUUCCGAUCGAGCUUCAAUUCAUAGCACUUACUUCCAGCGUAUACGAGAUACACGGGAGAGGCACUCUACUGCUGUUAGCAAACAAUUCUAUGCCAUUCAGCAUGACCGUUUCAAGACCGACGAGCUCGGUGCUCAUCACUAUAUUCCCUUCCCCACCAGGAGAUCACAGCAAAUAUCCCAGCAGGCUGCGUACAAUCAGGAGGUGUCAGUUAUGGCCGGAGUCGCAAAGUAUGUGGGAUUUCCCGCAGCACCAUCCCUGUCUGCGGCUCGCGGCACUGAAAUAGACGACGAUUUCGAUAAAAUGGGAAUUUCCAUCGAGCAUCGACCAGCUGUGGUACCGCAUUCAGGGGUCAUCCGUGCCGAUAUGCCCCGCUUCACAACUGCGGAAGAAGGCUUUCAGGAUCUCUCUGCAUGGUACAAUCCCCAAUAUCUACAAGCGAACCGGCCUAUACAUCUAUCCAGCAUGGCAUCAUUUACAACGCCAGCAGCUCAGAAGCGAGUUAUCGAUAUCAAUGCGCCGAAUGGAUCUGCCUCCACUAUUGCCGAUAAUGCAUCCGCAGCCAACUCUUCGACGGCUAAUACCCCAUAUGGCAUGGAGCAGGAUCAUAGACACCAUGGGCUUGGUCAACCCAGCGGUGUUGAUUAUGAUAUUAUGGAAAGCAGAAAGACUGGAUUUCGAUCUCAAAGCUCGUCUCCACUUGAUGUCCGCAAAGGGCCGCCUUCUUCUUCAAAUCCAUCAAACCAGUAUCUCGAGGCUAGACAUCAUGAGGCCGCGGCACGAAAUCCAGGAUAUUCUCCUCCGCGAUUCGGUUUGUUUGGUUCCUCAAAACGAGAGCAAUCUCCCUCAUUAUCGACUUCUAACAAGGGCCUUGGAGGGAUUCACUCGGGGCUAAUGACAGGGUCGGGGCCGAGCCGGAUGACUGCACGGUGA